GUUUCCCCAAAUCUACUGGCUUUCCUAACAACAUUCUAGUGAGAGAAAAAGAUACAUAUAUCUAGAGAGAGAAAGCGUCCACUUUAAUUCAAAGAUAUUUCCCGAUCGCAUUACCAUCCCCUCUUAAUUAGGGUUUCUGAUUCCCCCAUUCUCUCUUCCAAAUCGCCUCCAUUGUGUUGAAUUGAGAAAUUUAUAUUGAUUUGGGAUUUUUGGGGGUUUUGUUUGGUGCUUGAAGGAUUUUAGAGAAGGAGAUUUUUCGGGUGGUUUGAUUUUUGAGAAUGCCUACUUCUUGGGCUGAUUCGGUUGAAAAUGCUGCUGCUGGGGGUACUGGUGGAGGCCGACCUGCAUAUGUUCCUCCGCAUCUUCGUAAUAGGCCACCUUCCUCUGAUUCGUCUGCUGCAGCAGUGCAGAGUGGGCCGAGUGGUGGAAAUGUUCCAUUAGGUGGGAAUCGCUGGUCUGCACCGAGGAAUGAGUUUAGCAGAUCAGGGUAUGGUGGUGGUGGUGGUGGUCGUUCAGGUGGUUGGAAUAAUAGGAUUGGUGGCUGGGAUCGUGGGAGGGAGCGUGAAGCUAAUCCAUUUGGGAAUGAUGAUGAGGUCGAGCCGGAUGUUGGGGAGCAGCAAAAUACAGGAAUAAAUUUUGAUGCUUAUGAGGAUAUUCCGGUGGAGACUAGUGGGGAUAAUGUGCCUCCUCCAGUGAAUACUUUUGCAGAUAUUGAUUUAGGUGAUGCACUUAAUAAAAAUAUUCAGAGGUGCAAGUAUGUCAAACCAACCCCCGUUCAACGACAUGCCAUACCAAUCUCUCUUGCUGGGCGGGAUUUGAUGGCUUGUGCCCAGACUGGGUCUGGCAAGACGGCUGCAUUCUGCUUCCCUAUUAUUAGUGGAAUAAUGACCGGCCAGUUUGCACAGAGGGCUCCACGUAUGCCGCGAAUGGCUUGUCCACUUGCUCUUAUCCUGUCUCCAACGAGGGAGCUAUCAUGCCAAAUUCAUGAAGAAGCAAGAAAGUUUUCAUAUCAAACUGGUGUCAAAGUUGUUGUUGCUUAUGGAGGUGCACCUAUUAACCAACAGCUCCGUGAACUGGAGAGGGGUGUUGACAUUCUUGUGGCAACUCCUGGACGGUUGGUAGACCUGCUGGAGAGAGCUAGAGUCUCAUUACAGAUGAUUAGAUAUUUAGCUCUGGAUGAGGCAGAUAGGAUGUUGGACAUGGGUUUUGAACCUCAAAUUAGGAAAAUUGUGCAACAAAUGGAUAUGCCUCCGCCUGGUAUGAGGCAGACAAUGUUGUUCAGUGCUACCUUCCCAAAAGAGAUACAGAGACUGGCCUCUGAUUUUCUAGCUAAUUACAUCUUUUUGGCUGUUGGAAGAGUUGGGUCAAGUACCGAUUUAAUUAUGCAACGAGUUGAAUAUGUUCAGGAGAGUGAUAAAAGAAGCCAUCUCAUGGACCUUCUCCAUGCACAGAGGGCAAAUGGCACUCAUGGAAAGCAAGCUCUCACGUUGGUGUUUGUGGAAACAAAGAAAGGAGCUGAUUCACUCGAAUAUUGGCUGUGUAGUAAUGGCUUUCCUGCUACUACUAUCCAUGGUGAUAGAUCACAGAUGGAAAGAGAACAAGCCUUGCGAUCAUUUAAAAGUGGUCAUACUCCAAUCUUGGUUGCUACAGAUGUUGCAGCACGGGGCCUUGACAUUCCGCAUGUUGCACACGUGGUCAAUUUUGAUCUUCCAAAUGAUAUUGAUGAUUAUGUACACCGUAUAGGACGAACUGGACGAGCCGGCAAGUCUGGUCUUGCUACUGCAUUUUUUAACGAGAAUAAUUCCAAUAUGGCUAGAUCUUUGUCAGAGUUGAUGCAAGAAGCAAAUCAAGAAGUUCCUGCAUGGCUUACUCGUUUUGCAGCCCGAGCUGUAUAUAGUGGAGGUAAGAAUCGUCGCGGUGGGGGAGGCCGUUUUGGUGGUCGUGAUUUUCGAAGAGACCCUACUUAUAACAGGGGUGGAGCGGACUAUUAUGGUGGUGGUGGUGGUGGUAAUAUGAGCAGCGGAUAUGGGGCACCAAGUGGGGGUUAUGGUGGAGCAUAUGGAUCAGGGGUGACAAGUGCUUGGGACUGAUUGCAUUAACUUUUUUGUCCUCUGCAUCUUUAUUGUCACAACUGGUUAAAGGCCCUCACGGUCUCACAAGGUCUGAAGGUUUUCGCUCAAAUGGGGGAAGAGGGGUUAGUUUAAUGCUGGUAGGCUGUGUAACAUACUACUGUCAGUAGGUUUUUUUAUUACCCUGUACCCUUGUUAGUCUCUGCCCACAUUUGAAUGUGGUUGGAUGUGAAAUAUGGAGGGGGGAGAUUAGGUUAUAUUGGUUGGUAGCAUUAGCUUGACAUUCCAUAGUUUCUAUUGUUUUAAAAGAACUUUGGCCCUUGACAAUUGUUGCAAACAAACUAUGAUUACUAUAGCGCAUUGACUGCAGUUUGAGGCGCCUUUACUUUGA